ACUUUUUUUUUUUAAUUAAUGAGAGCGUCUGUAAGAUUUCAGUACUAAGAAAGUGUGGUUUUCCUGUCCUUACUAAACUUGUAGGUUUUCUUCCAAAUUAGUUUCCUCUCUGAAACUAAUUCUUUACAGUUGAGGACUUAACAUUUCUACUGACAGAAGUCUUCUGAAUAAAUAUGAGAAGUGUAAAGCUUGUGUAAAUCUUGUCUGUGUCUGGAGGAGGUGGAGUGUAGAGGAAGGAAGUGCAGUAGAACGAAACAGGUGUCUUCAGAUAUUUCUCUGUGUUCUUAAGUACCACCUCGUUUUGUUUGUUUGUUUUGAAACUGUGAAAUCUGAAGGAUUGUAGUGAGUGUUAAAAAUGACUUUUUUUUUGGUUUUAAAGCUCUUUAAUGAGAAAGCAGCCAUUAAACACCUGAAUGCUCUUCUUAGCGCUAACUUUAAGGCUGCUCAUGUGCUGAAAGUUAGCUUUAAGGAGGCAAUGUAAAUCUAUUGUAACUUUGUUGUUACGCACUGUGUAUGUUUCAUACUGCGUGCUGUAUGUAUAGUCCAGGACAUUUCAACGUGAUUCUUGAACUUCUUUAAAAGAUGUUGUUUUCAAGUUUAUCAGAUGUUUUAAACAAACUGAGCUUCAUAGGAGCAGCAUGAAUAUGAUAUGCACAGUUUCAUCAGCAAAGCAGAUGUAACUUCUAGGUGUAUUGGCUGUUAUCACUUUUUAGUUUUCUUUCAAGUAACUGAAGACAAACAGUAAUUAUGUGUGUAAUUCAAAAACAAUUUUACUCAAACUUCAUAAAUGGAAUUGUCUUUCAGGCAGAGAUGAAGCCUGGGAAAUCAUUGCAUCCAAAGGAUUUACUUGGAGUAAAAGAUCACUGACUUCUACAAUGGAAAAGUCAUGGAUGCUUUGGACCUUUGUUAAAAGAUGGCUACUAGCUUUGGCUUCCUGGUCUUGGAGUCUCUGCCGUAUUUGUCUUUUACUCUUGAUAGUAACUUUUCACUUGUACGGAGGCAUUAUACUACUUAUAUUAAUAUUUGUAUCAAUAGCGGGUAUAUUAUAUAAAUUCCAGGAUGUGCUGCUUUACUUUCCUGAACAGCCCUCUUCAUCACGCCUUUAUGUUCCUAUGCCUACUGGUAUACCACAUGAAAAUAUCUUUAUCAAAACCAAAGAUGGAGUUCUUCUCAAUCUUAUUCUACUGAGAUACACAGGGGACAAUGCAGCUUAUUCUCCAACCAUCAUUUACUUUCAUGGGAAUGCAGGCAACAUUGGCCACAGGUUGCCAAAUGCUUUGUUAAUGCUGGUAAACCUGAAAGUAAACUUAAUUCUUGUCGAUUAUAGAGGGUAUGGAAAAAGUGAAGGAGAAGCAAGUGAAGAAGGUUUGUACUUAGAUUCUGAGGCUGUGUUAGACUAUGUGAUGACUCGGUCUGAUCUUGAUAAAACAAAAAUUUUUCUUUUUGGCCGUUCCUUGGGGGGAGCAGUAGCUAUUCACUUAGCUUCUGAAAAUUCCCAUAGGAUUUCUGCCAUCGUGGUGGAGAACACCUUUCUUAGCAUCCCAUACAUGGCCAGCACUUUGUUUUCUUUCUUUCCAAUGAGAUAUCUUCCUUUAUGGUGCUACAAAAAUAAAUUCCUGUCCUACAGAAAAAUCUCUCAGUGCAGAAUGCCUUCUCUCUUCAUCUCUGGGUUGUCUGACCAGUUAAUUCCGCCAGUUAUGAUGAAGCAACUUUAUGAAUUAUCCCCAGCUCGGACUAAGAGAUUGGCAAUAUUUCCUGAUGGAACUCAUAAUGACACUUGGCAGUGCCAGGGUUAUUUCACUGCACUCGAACAGUUCAUCAAAGAAGUAAUAAAGAGUCACUCCCCUGAAGAAAUGGCGAAAACGUCAUCUAAUGUAACAAUAAUAUAACUGAUAUUCUUCUUUGGGGGGGGGCAGGUACCUGCACUGUACCUUGAUUUGUGAAAAGUGGUAAAAGAAUGUCCAUUUUUAAAUGUAUGUCAUGUCUGUACUUGCCUAAAGAGUGAAAUUAAACUUGGAAAGGUCUGAUGCUUUAUUAAGAUGUUCCAGAUAACUUUUACAUUUGCAGCAUUGUAAAUGAACCAUUUUAUGUCUUUCUCACACUUUUUGGUAUCUCUGUCCAUAUAUUCCAUUUGUUUGAUAUGUACAACAGAUGUUCGUAAAGGAACUUGCUACAAAAGUAGUACAGAAUGUAUUAGUUUAGAACAACGGGAGGCUCUUCAGUACUCACUGCUGUGUGUGUGAGCUUUUUGGACAGUCAUGGUUAGCACAAUGAUUUGUUGCUUCUCUUAGCGUUUAUUUGAAGUGUGCCAUGCAUGAGAUUAGUGUUUUAUUCCUUGAAAUUUUAUAUUAUGCAAGGUGGGAAGUCUUUAAUGUGCUAAAUAAUAUAAAAUAACAUUAAUGGUAGAGUAUACUUGCAGGUAUACUAUCCUGGGUUAUUACUGUUUUUUACAGUUAUGCAUACAUAUAUGUAUUUCAGACUGCAACUGAACAGGAAAAGACACUUUCCCUGUUUUCAUUUUACUAUUUGUAUUACAGUAGUGCCCCAAAAGUUGUACAUGCCUAAACAUUGUGGCUUCAGGAUUUUGCCCAGGCGGUUUCUUUAUAGAAAACAGAAGUAACCUUCAAAAAGACAGCAGUGUUAUCUAAGCUCCUUUCUGCCCCAAGUGCUCCUCACUAAUGUACAGGCAAACUAUUUGUUGGUAUUAGUCUGCUUGUGCAUUUGAGGUGGGAUUUCCCAAGGCAGUGUGGGUGCUGAUAGAAAGGAGUGUCAUACAAGGUAACAGUAUGUUAUUUGUAUUUGUGUUCAUUUUUUUCUUUUAGGCUGGUGUAGUUAAAUGUCUGUGCCCUUUAUUUAUACCUCCAAAAGAAACAAAUACAAAUAAUUACCAGUGAUCACAUGAAUAGAGAUUAACGUAUACAGUUGUUACAGUAAAGAUAAUAAAAAGGAUUAGUGCAUUAAAUUUAGUAGACCUAAGCUUAGUUAGUCUGAAAGAGACGACAUUUAUUUUAACACUUUUACCCAUUUGCUUGCAAAAAGUCGUUUACAGUUCUGUUGUACCAUGUGGAAGUAGCUUAGGCUUCAGCAGAAGUGAGUUUUCUUUAGCUCUGCUGGGAUUUUUUGAAGCUAGUAUCACCAUUUCAGAGCCAGCAGUACUUAAAUUGAGAGAAUGUUGGGGUUCUUUGUUGUUGUUGUUUUUCUUGUUUGUGUUUUGGUUUUGGUUUUAGGAGUCCUUUUCCUAGGUAGUCAUAUCAAAGUUGUAUGCUGUUAGCUUAGUCCGUAUUGGAGUGUGGGGCUUUCUAAAUCUCUUCUGCAGGUUUAAUUUCUCAUUUGCUGCAGCUGAUAGUUUGCCUCUUCAAAAUACUUUUUAUGGGAAGAAUGAACUGUGGAAAAUGUUCCACACAAUCUGUACAAUUGCCCUUUGGAUUGAAAUUUUUAAAUAAAACUUUCUGCCAUGUUGUCCUGAUUCAGAAAAGCAUCUCGGCACACACUUAAAAUCUGUUUCCUGGUGGACAGUGGUAUUUUAAGCUUGUGCUUAAGUUCUCUGGUUGAAUAAAACUGCUUUCCUGAACUGGUGCCUUAAUGGUUAUGCCUCCUAAAAUUUAUUACAUGGAGUUACAAGUCUUAUGUACACAUGGGUAAUAGUUGUCAGCAAUUUGUA